AUGUCCAGCCCGCAAAAUACCUCCUGCCCACCCUCGCAGCAUUCGCUGUCAUUUACGCAAGGCCUACUCCUCGGCCAACUCUCUGUCGUUCUCUUAAUCGGCGCGUUCAUCAAAUUCUUCAUCUUCGGCGAAUCCCCGUCUUCGUCCUCCCGGGGCAUCUCACAACGCACUGCCCCUCGCAAACGGUCAUACUCUGUAAACAGUACUCUUUUUAGAGAUGCAGCAUCAAGGUCUCUGAAAGAGUCAGCCUCGUCAAACGUCUUACGCCCCGUUCCCUCAUCUUCCACGAACACAAAAUCUAUCCUUCGAAAGACCUAUUACAACGCCAUCCCAACCAACUUCCAGAAAAACAGUCGCCAUCGUCUCCACCAUUCGACACAUCAGCCUGAAUCGCUGGACUGGUUCAAUGUUUUGAUUGCCCAAUUGAUUGCACAGUACAGACAGACUGCAUAUAUACUUAAAGACUCGCCCACAUCAUCUAUUCUUGACUCCCUUACGGAAACCCUCAAUAAUGUGGAUAAGAAGCCAUCAUGGAUUGAUAGGAUCAACGUCACAGAUAUUUCAAUUGGUGAAGAGUUCCCAAUCUUCAGUAACUGUCGUGUUAUCGCUGUGGAGGAUCCAAAUUCGGAUGGGGGACGGCUACAGGCGCUGAUGGACGUUGAUCUGAGCGAUGACAACUUAUCCCUUGCUAUUGAAACUAACCUACUACUAAACUACCCAAAGCCCGCUUCCGCCGUACUACCAGUCGCUUUGUCGGUAUCUGUUGUGCGGUUUUCGGGUACCUUAUGCAUAUCCUUCGUGCCUAGCCCUGGUACAACAGAGAGCAGUCCCCACCUACCUCAUCCAGAAAACCAGAAUGAAUCUAAGCCCAGCCGACAGGACCCCGAAAUACCCACUAAUAAGGACGGAGUCAGGUCAGGGAUACCAAAAACAAGCCUUGCAUUUUCAUUCUUACCCGACUAUCGUCUAGAUAUUUCCGUUCGGUCUCUCAUCGGAUCACGAAGCAGACUUCAAGAUGUCCCCAAAGUUGCGCAGCUCGUUGAAGCACGAGUUCAAUCAUGGUUCGAGGACCGUGUCGUGGAACCCCGGGUACAGCUGGUUGCGCUGCCCGGUAUAUGGCCACGAAUGGGACGAACUGGUGUCCGAGCCCAGGAAGAUCAUGAUGCUGUUUCUAUCGAUUCAGAAGACCCAGCAACAAAAGCUACACAUAGUGGAUUCACUCCCGUUAAUGCAAACCGUGACGGACUACAAGCUUCAAGGGAUCUAAACAUGGAGGGAUUGAGGUAUCGGAGGGGUAACGCAGGGGAUGAAGCCACGACAGACGAAUAUGAACGCCUAACUCGGGGUGAUACCCAAUCUGUUGGCGAGCAGCUUAGGAUUCCUGGCUCAUUGCCGGGAGCACCAGCUGUGGCGUAA